CAACAACAUUUUCUCUCCAUUUUCAAGCUCUCUUAUUGUCUCCCUCAUUUAAGUCUUUCUGGGUUUUGUCUCUUAUUCUUCUCUAUUCUCUCUCUGUUCAUUUCCGUCUUCAUCUCUCCUUUCCUUCUUUAUUGCUAAGCCUUUUCUUGUUAAUGAUCAAUAUUUGUUGUGCAAUUUUUGAGUAUCCAAGAUCUAAUAAAUCCAAUGGAUCUUGCAAGUAAAAACUACAUGAUCCAUGAAGCACAAGCUCCUUCUCCUAUAACAACUCCAAGUAGCUCGAUCUUUGGCACCCAUUUACAUUCCUCAGGUACAAAUUUUCCCAUCAUAGCCAUUGCCAUUAUGGGGAUUUUAGCCACAGCUUUCUUGCUGGUGAGUUACCAUAUCUUUGUUAUCAGACGCUGCCUCAGUUGGCACCGUAUUGAUCUCUUAAGGCGAUCCUCUUUGUCGCCAGGAGGAGGACCUGAAGACCUUGUAAUGGCGUACUCUCCAGCCGUGGAAGCUCGAGGACUAGACGAGUCUGUUAUAAGGUCAAUACCCGUAUUUCAAUUCGGUCAAGGAGUCAACAAAAAGGAAUUUGGAGAACAAAACUUUUCUGAAUGUGCAGUUUGCUUGAACGAGUUUCAUGAAGAUGAGAAACUAAGGAUAAUACCGAAUUGUAGCCAUGUUUUUCACAUUGAUUGCAUUGACGUUUGGCUUCAAAAUAAUGCAAAUUGCCCACUUUGCAGAACAAGUAUUUCAUCCGCAACAAGAUUUCCCUUUGAACGAAUUAUAGCACCCAGCUCCACGCCACAAGAUCCAAAUCCCUCCACUGAACAUGUGGUAAGCAAUGAUGAGGAUUACGUUGUGAUUGAACUCACUAAUCAUCAUUCUGUGGAUCAGACAUUGCUUGCAACACAAGAAAGAUUGGCUUCAGGAGAUGAAUGUAUUGUUCAUAAGAAGGUGAGGAAGUUUCGUACGGUGAGCAGUAUGGGAGAUGAAUGUAUUGAUAUCAGAGACAAAGAUGAGCAGUUUGCAAUAGAGCCCAUUAGAAGAUCAUUUUCAAUGGAUUCAUCAACUGAUCCCAAAUUCUAUUCAGCAAUUCAAGAAGCUUUGCAACAAAACAGGAAAGUCAGUGAAGUUAGCCCCAUUGAAGGUUGCAGUAACAGAGUUAGAAGAUCCUUUUUCACUUUUGGUCAUGGCAGGGGAUCCAAAAAUGCAGUUCUACCAGUUAAUUUGGAGUCAUGAAGCCAUUUAACAUACAGAUUUUAGCUCUGCUAGGAAGAAGUAGAAUUGGUGAUACAGUUAUAUUCAAUUGAAAAUUUUAUAAUUUUUUUAAUUGUUUUAAUUUGAAUUGUUUAGAGGCUGGUCCAGUGUAUUCUCAAUGACUUGCAGCCAUGAUUGUGAACAUCAUUUCAGAAACAAGAACUUCUAUUCUCUUUAUGUAUAAAAAGGAUUGAAUUACUUCGUUUUC